CGCUCGGCCAUGGCUGCCUUCCGACGGCGCGGCCGAGCGCACUCGGUGUUCAGCCACGAAUUCGUGAUUCAGAACCGGGCGGACAUCGCCGCCGUCCUCGUAGUCUUGGUGCUCAUCGGUCUCAUGUUCGAGGUUACUGCGAAGACUGCCUUCAUGUUCAUCUCCCCACAACACAAUGUCAGCACAAGUACAGCAGAUGGGGACGUUGUUUAUUAUGUCUAUGGAACCAGUGACUGUGUUACCAUUUCAUUCUAUAUCUUCAUUACGAUAAUCUUACACGCUGUUGUCCAGGAGUAUGUGCUCGAUAAACUGAACAAGAGGCUGCACCUCUCGAAGGUCAAACACAGCAAGGUGAAUGAGUCUGGCCACUUGGUGGUCCUGCACCUUGGCUCGAGUGUCUGGGGCCUCUACAUCAUCGUCAGUGAGGGUUACAUCAGUUCCCCGUCCACUCUGUGGGAGGAUUAUCCACACACCCACCUCUCCUUCCAGAUGAAGUUGUUCUAUCUGUACCAGAUCUCGUACUGGAUCCACAUGCUGCCAGAGCUUUACUUCCAGAGGGCGCGCAAGGAGGAGAUUCCACGUCAGUUACUCUACAUCACCUUGUAUUUCCUGCACAUCACGGGGGCCUACCUACUCAAUCUGACGCGGUUGGGGCUCGUGUUACUGGUGUUACAGAGUGUGGCAGAGUUGGUGUUUCACCUGGCCCGGCUAUUGUACUUCUCCAAUGAGGACAACCAGAGGCUGUUUAACGUGUGGGCAGUGGUGUUUGUCCUGACCCGUCUCGUCACCCUCACCCUGGCCGUGCUGGUUGUGGGAUUUGGUCUCUCCCGUGUCCAACAUCAAACCUUCGACGUGGAGAAAGGAAUCUUUAACUCCCUUCCGAUCCGGAUCACCAUUCUCCUGGCCGCCUGCCUCCCCCAGGGGUGGAUGAUGUGGCGUUUCAUCAACUUUCAGCUGCGUCGCUGCCGGGAGUCCCAGCUGGAGCAGGUGGCACGCAGGAGGGGCCCAGUACUUGGGCCCCGGCCCAGGGGGCAACGCAGGGAUGCAGGUUACUACGAGAACGGUUUGAUCAAAUCCGAAAACGGAGCUUCCCCUCGGACUCGCAAACUCCGCUGCUCCUGACCCACCGGAUCAGUGUGUGGACCCACCAGGCGGCUGAUCGACAGCACUGUGCUCCCCAAACCAGUCCCUAGCCUACAGUCUCUCUCAGCCCUCUCGUCCCAGCUGGGGCCUUCCUCACCACAUACCACAGGCUGCGUCAGAAGCCCCGUAUUACCUCUGUCCCACCCUGGGGCUCCAGUGUGUGAGCAGGCGUGCACCAGUGCAUGCAUGCAUGUGUGAGUGUGCAUGUGCAUACAUGCAUGAUUGUAUCUGUGUGUGUGCCUGUCUUCAUGUGAGUGCAAGCGUGUGUGCGUCUGCACGAGCCCCUGGACACUCCUGCUGAGGAGUGCAGAGUCUGGCUGUAGUACCGAUGGUGGCGUCAGGGGCUUGUCUGAGGGUCCUGGGUCGAACGGUCGCACAGAGGAUAUAAUGGAGGGAGGGUGGGGCUCUUGUGUACCAGGCUCCAGUGGGGAACCCUCUGUUUGAAAAGCCCCACCUGCAGGAGCAUCGCUGAGAGGUGACUGUGGGCAUUGGGACCGGCUGAACUGUGAUACAACUUAGUAAAAGAGCAACGUGACAUUAAGUGUUGGUGAAGUGAGUCUCUCUGUUCUGGCUGUAAGAGAGGGGUAUGUCGAUAGUGCGGUGAGUUUCUCAUUUCUGAUUGUACCGGAGGGGGUGUGGAUAGUGACGUUAGUCUCAGUUCUGACUGUACCGGAGGGGGUGUGGAUAGUGACGAGAGUCUCAGUUCUGACUGUACCGGAGGGGGUGUGGAUAGUGACGUGAGUCUCAGUUCUGACUGUACCGGAGGGGGUGUGGAUAGUGACGUGAGUCUCAGUUCUGACUGUACCGGAGGGGGUGUGGAUAGUGACAUGAGUCUCUAGGAUCUGACUGUUUGGGAGGGUGUGCGGAUAGUAGGGUGAGUCUCAGUUCUAUGUGUACGGAGGGAGUGUGGACAGUGACGUGUCUCUCAGUUCUGUCUAUAGGGGAGGGGAUGUGGAUAGUGAUGAGAGUCUCAGUUUUGACUGUAUGGGAGGGAGUGUGGAUAGUGACGUGUCUCUCAUUUAUGACUGUACAUGACGGGUAUGGAUAGUGACAUGACACUCAGUUCUGACUGUACGGGAGAGGAUGUGGAUAAUGACAUUAGUGUCAGUUCUGACUCUAGGGGAGGGGGUGUGGAUGGUUGAGUCAGUUCUGACUGUAGGGGAGGGUGUGUGGAUAGUGACAUGAGUCUCAGUUCUGAGUGUAGGGGAGGGUGUGUGGAUAAUGACGUGAUUGGGUUCUGAGUGUACAGAGGUACAGAGGUGUGAAAAUGGUGACCAUGAGGUACAGGAGUAGAAUUCAGCCACUUGGCUCAUCGUGUCAGCUCUGCCAAUUUCAUCAAGGCUGAUCCAAUUUUCCUAUCAGCACCAAGCUCCUGCCUUUUCCCUGUAUCCCAUCAAUCAGGAAUCUACAAUGUCUCUGCUAAAUAUACAUAAAGUCUUGGCCUCUGCAGCUGCCUAUGGCAAAGAAUUUCUCAGGUUCAGCACUCUGGCUGAAGAAAUUUGUCUUCAUGUCUGUUUGAAAAGGGCACCCCUCUGUUCUGAGGCUGUCCCCUCUGGUCUUAGACUCUCCCACCUUAGGAAGCAGCUUCUGCACAUCCAUUCUAUUGAGGCCUUUCACCACUCAGUAACUUCUGAACGCAGGCUUAGCAUCAGCAAACGCUUUUUAUUUGUCAAGCUUUUCACUACUUGAAUCAUUUUUGUGAACCUCCUUUGAACCCUCUCUAGUUUUAGCACCUUCUUUCUAAGAUUAGGGUCCCAAAACUGUUCACAAUACUCCAAGUUGAAAUGAAUGCUAACAUCACAUUUGCCUUCCUCGCCACAGACUCGACCUGGAAAUUAACCUUUAGGGAAUCCUGCACAAGGACUCCCAAAUUCCUUUGCACCUCAGUGUUUUUUGUAUUUUCUCUCCAUUUAGAAAAUAGUCAACCCUUUCAUUUAUUCACCCAAAGUGCAUGACCAUACACUUCCCGACAGUAUUUCAAGUGACAUUUCUUUGCCCAUUCUGCUAAUCUGUCCAAGUCCUUCUGCGUCUAAACUUCCCAUCGUUCCACCUAUCUUCAUAUCGUCUGCAAACUUUCCAUUCACUCAUUCAGAUCAUUGACAUACAGUGCCUAUGAAAAGUAUUCACACCCCCCCCAGAAACUUUCAUGUUUUAUUGUGUAACAGUGGAUUUAAUCUGGCUUUUUUGACACUGCUCAACAGAAAAAUACUCUUUCAUGUCAAAGUGAAAACGAAUUUCUACAAAGUGAUCUAAAUUAAUUACAAAUAUAAAAAUACAAAAUAAUUGAUUGAAUAAUUACUCACUCCCUUCAACUCAGUAUGGACACAGUAUGAGUCUGUGUGGAUAGUCCACUAUCAGAUUUGCACAUCUAGACACUGACAGAGCUUGAGCAGUUUUGUAAAGAAGAAUGAGGAAAAAUUGCAGAUUGCGUGAAGAUCGUGAAUGAACAGCUUUUCAAGUCCAGCAACAAAUUCUCAAUUGGAUUGAGGACUGGACUCUGACUUGGCCACUCCAGGACAUUAAUUUUGUUGUUUUUAAGCCAUUCCUGUGUAGCUUUGGCUUUAUGCUUGGGGUCAUUGUUUUGCUGGAAAAUAAAUCUUCUUCCAAAUCACAGUUCUCUUGCAGACUACAUCAGGUUUUCCUCUAGGACUUCUCUGUAUUUUGCUGCAUUCAUUUUACCCUCUACCUUCACAAACCUUCCAGGGCCUGCUGCAGUGAAGCAUCCCCACAGCAUGAUGCAGCCACCACCAUGCUUCGCAAUAGGGAUGGUGUGUUUUUGAUGAUGUGCGGUGUUUGUCUUACACCAAACAGUGUUUAGUCUAAUAUCCAAAAAGCUCAAUUUUGGUUUCAUCAGACCACAGAACUUCCUUCCAGCUGACUUUAGAGUCUCCUACAUGCCUUCUGGCAAACUCUAGCCAAGAUUUCUUGCGGGUUUUUCUUCAAUAGUGGCUUUCUCUUUGCUACUCUUCCAUAAAGCUGCGACUAGUGAAGCACCUGGGCAACACUUGUUGUACGCGCAGUCUGUCUCAUCUCAGGCACCGAAACUUGUAUCACCUCCAGAGUAGUCUUAGGUCUGUUGGUGGCCUUCCUCACUAGUCCCCUUCUUGCACGGUCACUCCGGUUUUGCAGAUGGCCUGCUCUAGGCAGAUUUACAGCUGCACCAUAUUCUUUCCAUUUCUUGAUGAUUGACUUAACUGUAAUUCAAAGGGAUAUUCAGUGGAUUGGAAAUUUUAUUGUAUCCAUCUCCUGACUGGUGCUUUUCAAUAACCUUUUUGCAGAAUUGCUUUGAGUGUUCUUUUGUCUUCAUGGUGUAGUUUUUGCCAGGAUACUGACCUUCCAGAUACAGGUAUAUUUUUAAUACAUAGAAACAUAGAAAACCUACAGCACAAUACAGGCCCUUGGGCCCACAAAGUUGUGCCGAACAUGUCCCUACUUUAGAAAUUACCCAUAGCCCUCUAUUUUUCUAAGCUCCAUGUACCUAUCCAAAAGUCUCUUAAAAGACCCUAUCGUAUCUGCCUCCACCACUGUUGCUGGCAGCCCAUUCCACGCACUCGCUACUCUCUGAGUAAAAAACUUACCCCUGACAUCUCCUCUGUACCUACUCCCCAGCACCUUAAAGCUGUGUCCUCUUGUGGCAACCAUUUCAGCCCUGGGAAAAAGCCUCUGACUAUCCACACAAUCAAUGCAAUCAAUCCACACAUCAUCUUAUAUACCUCUAUCAGGUCACCUCUCAUCCUCCGUCGCUCCAAGAAGAAAAGGCCGAGUUCACUCAAACUGUUUUCAUAAGGCAUGCUCCCCAAUCCAGGCAACAUCCUUGUAAAUCUCCUCUGCACCCUUUCUGUGGCUUCCACAUCCUUCCUGUAGUGAGGCGACCAGAACUGAGCACAGUACUCCAAGUGGGGUGUGACCAGGAUCCUAUAUAGCUGCAACGUUACCUCUCGGCUCCUAAAUUCAAUUCUACAAUUGAUGAAGGCCAAUACACCAUAUGCUUUCUUAACCACAGAGUCAACCUGCGCAGCUGCUUCGAGAGUCCUAUGGACUGGGACUCCAAGAUCCCUCUGAUCUUCCACACUGCCAAGAGUCUUACCAUUAAUACUAUAUUCUGCCAUCAUAUUUUACCUACCAAAAUAAACCACCUCACUCUUAUCUAGAUUGAACUCCAUCUGCCACUUCUCAGCCCUGUUUUGCAUCCUAUCAAUGUCCCGCUGUAACCUCUGACAGCCCUCCACACUAUCCACAACACCUCCAACCUUUGUGUCAUCAGCAAACUUACUAACCCAUCCCUCCACUUCCUCAUCCAGGUCAUUUAUAAAAAUUACGAAGAGUAAGGGUCCCAGAACAGAUCCCUGAGGCACACCACUGGUCACUGACCUCCAUGCAGAAUAUGACCCGUCUGCAACCACUCUUUGCCUUCUGUAGGCAAGCCAGUUCUAGAUCCACAAAGCAAUGUCCCCUUGGAUCCCAUACCUCCUUACUUUCUCAAUAAGCCUUGUAUGGGGUAACUUAUCAAAUGCCUUGCUGAAAUCCAUAUACACUACAUCUACUGCUCUUCCUUCAUCAAUGUGUUUAGUCACAUCCUCAAAAAAUUCAGUCAGGCUCAUGAGGCACAGUGUGCCUUUGACAAAGCCAUGCUGACUAUUCCUAAUCAUAUUAUACCUCUCCAAAUGUUCAUAAAUCCUGCCUCUCAGGAUCUUCUCCAUCAACUUACCAACCACUGAAGUAAGACUCACUGGUCUAUAAUUUCCUGGGCUAUCUCUACUCCAUUUCUUGAAUACAGGAACAACAUCAGCAACCCUCCAAUCCUCCGGAACCUCUCCUGUCCCCAUUAAUGAUGCAAAGAUCAUUGCCAGAGGCUCAGCAAUCUCCUCCCUUGCCUCCCACAGCAGCCUUGCGUACAUCUCAUCCGGUCCCAGCAACUUUUCCAACUUGAUGCUUUCCAAAAGCUCCAGCACAUCUCUUUCUUAAUAUCUACCUGCUUAAGCUUUACAGUCCGCUGCAAAUCAUCACUACAAUCACCAAGAUCCUUUUCCAUAGUGAAUACUGAAGUAAAGUAUUCAUUAAGUAUCUCUGCUAUUUCCUCCAAUUCCAUACACACUUUCCAACUGUCACACUUGAUAGGUCCUAUUCUUUCACGUCUUAUCCAUAUAUAACCAUAUAACAAUUACAGCACGGAAACAGGCCAUCUCGGCCCUUCUAGUCCGUGCCGAACUCUUACCCUCACCUAGUCCCACUGACCUGCACUCAGCCCAUAACCCUUCAUUCCUUUCCUGUCCAUAUAGCUAUCCAAUUUAACUUUAAAUGACAACAUCGAACCUGCCUCAACCACUUCUGCUGGAAGCUCGUUCCACACAGCUACUACUCUCUGAGUAAAGAAGUUCCCCCUCAUGUUAUCCCUAAGCUUUUGCCCUUUAACUCUCAACUCAUGUCCUCUUGUUUGAAUCUCCCCCACUCUCAAUGGAAAAAGCCUAUCCACGUCAACUCUAUCUAUCCCCCUCAUAAUUUUAAAUACCUCUAUCAAGUCCCCCCUUAACCUUCUAUGCUCCAAAGAAUAAAGACCCAACUUGUUCAACCUUUCUCUGUAACUUAGGAGAUGAAACCCAGGUAACGUUCUAGUAAAUUAUCCUCUUGCUCUUCACAUACUUGCAGAAUGCCUUGGGCCUUUCCUUAAUCCUGCCCACCAAGGCCUUCUCAUGGCCCCUUCUGGCUCUCCUAAUUUCAUUCUUAAGCUCCUUCCUGUUAGCCUUAUAAUCUUCUAGAUCUCUAACAUUACCUAGCUCUCUGAACAUUUUGUAAGCUUUUCUUCUUGACUAGAUUUAUUACAGCCUUUGCACACUACGGUUCCUUUACCCUACCAUAGUUUCCCUGUCUCAUUGAAACAUACCUAUGCAGAACUCCACACAAAUAUCCCCUAAACAUUUGCCAUAUUUAGAAACAUAGAAACAUAGAAACAUAGAAAAUAGGUGCAGGAGUAGGCCAUUCGGCCCUUCGAGCCUGCACCGCCAUUUAUUAUGAUCGUGGCUGAUCAUCCAACUCAGAACCCAGCCUUCCCUCCAUACCCCCUGACCCCUGUAGCCACAAGGGCCAUAUCUAACUUCCUUUUAAACAUAGCUAAUGAACUGGCCUCAACAGUUUGCUGUGGCAGAGAAUUCCACAGAUUCACCACUCUCUGUGUGAAGAAGUUUUUCCUAACCUCGGUCCUACAACAUCGGGAACAAUCUUCCCGCAUCUAGCCUGUCCAAUCCCUUUAGGAUCUUAUACGUUUCAAUCAGAUCCCCCCUCAAUCUUCUAAAUUCCAACGAGUACAAGCCCAGUUCAUCCAGUCUUUCUUCAUAUGAAAGACCUGCCAUCCCAGGAAUCAAUCUGGUGAACC